AGAAUACGGAAUAAAACUAGGAUAUCCGUAAAUCAAGAUGGCUGCUCUUAGACAACUACAAGUUUUAAGGUUAUUCCGUUGUUAUAGCUCAUCACGUGUUUAUGACAAGGGACCAGGUAAAAAUUACAAGAGGAAGCUGCAAAGGAAGAGAAUCCCACGAGUAGACCUCAAGGCCUCCCUACUGGAGAGUCUUGCUAAGAGUGAGGAGACGGGGAAUGAAGAUACGACAACAAAAGAAACCAAGAAUGAUAGGAUACAAAAAACCCUACAGGGUCUCCUCUCUGGACUGGAGAUGUACAGUAGACCUGGAGAGAACCAGCAGGAGGAGGAGGAGCAGGAUUACGAUAGAAGCAGCCACGCCCCUCUGUCAGAGUAUAGGAGACACGACCCUUUUUCAGACGAUAGGAAGAGACAUACCCCUCAAUCAGAUGAUAGGAGACACGCCUCUCAAUCAGAUGAUAGGAGGAGACACGCCCUUUUUUCAGACGAUAGGAGACACACCCCUCUAUCAGAUGAUAGGAGGAGACACACCCCUCUAUCAGACGAUAGGAGACACACCCCUCUAUCAGACGAUAGGAGGAGGUCUUUUGCGUUUAGAGCUCCUAAACCAAAUUUCAAACUGCCCCUCACUAAACCUCCGCCUGUAGUGACUGACCCAGUCAAUACUUCAUUCACUGAUGGAAAGAGAUUGGGUGUAUUCAAAAUAAUGACCCAAGAACAAUCUGUUCAACCACCAGAUCCUUGGACUUUCAGGGAAGAUCAGUUGAAGAAAGAGAUAAGUUUCAUUAACCAGUACAAGCCAUUGAUGAACGAGUUUGAGCAGUUAAUGAAGGACUCGCCACGUGUCUGGAAGUAUCCAAUAGAUAACCAGUUACCAAGUGAUGAAGACAAUGUUGGUUUUGAGGAUCACGUGUUUCUAAUGAAGCACAUUGAAGAUAAGGACUUGCCAAGAAAAGGCCCAGUUAGGCAUUUCAUGGAACUGGUUGCUACCGGACUCUCUAUGAAUCCAUACUACACUGCCCAGGAGAAGGUUGAGCACAUUGGAUGGUACAAAGACUAUUUUAAACAAUUCCCUAGGGACGAACUGGACUUGGAAUAAAACACCACUAUUGUAUUAUAAAUUGAACGAUUGUAAAUAUUAAUAUUAUUAUUAUUAUUAUUAUUGAUAAUAUUAACUGUUGCUUUUGUAUAUGAUUCUAAUUAGCUUUCAUUAUUACUU